AUGUCUAAGAGGAAACACAAGACACUUAGCCUUGCGCAGAAAUAUGAGAUAAUUCAGAAAUUAGACAACGGACGAAGUCCAGUGCAGCUCGUCGUAGAAUAUGGAGUUGGGAGGUCAACCAUCACAGAUAUAAAGAAAAAGAAGACCCAAAUUGCUGAAUACAUGAAUUCUCAUCAACAACAAACAACAAAUCUGACUUUGAAGACGGCCAAGCACCCCAAUGUAGAGACGGCGUUGUACACGUGGUUCCUGCAGCAGAGGACCAAAAAUGUGAACAUUUCGGGCGAAAUCCUGCAUGAAAAGGCGAAAUUUUUUUACGAAGAAAUUACGGGACUUUGCGGCAAGUUCUGGUUGUUAACCGUUACGGGAGAAAAACUUUCGAGCAAUUUUGCAGCAGUUGAUCCAUUUCAAAAACUAUUUCUAAAUAAAGUGCGGGAAAUGAAUUUGGGUCCGGAACAAGUGUAUAAUGCCGAUGAAAGUGGGCUAUUUUGGCGGGCGCUACCCAAUAAGACAUUAGUACAUAAACAGACAUAA